AUGAUCUUCAAGUUUCCAAUUUGGCUUCUGAUUUCCCAAAACUUCCUGCUCUCCGCGUAUGCGAGGUUUGUGCUGUACCGCGGGAAUGGAAGUGAGUUCAACUCGCACCACACGACGCCCAUCAUGUAUUUGCCGCAAGAGGAUGGGUUCGUGGAGAUGAAGCGACUCACCGUCAACUUUGGCCGACCGUUAUUGGAGCUGCUUGCAGGUGGGGAGUUUAUGAAACUUAGCACAAUGUGGUGUUGGAUUAAAGUAGACGGGGCGCUUGGACCACCGCUCUUCAUAGAAUAGACUUAGACACAAGUUUAGAAUAGAGUUUGUUGAACCACCACGCACAAAGAAAGAAAAUUAGGGGCUAAGGUAGUACAGCCCCCCCCCCAGUCCAGUUUAGCCCCCAUGACCCAGUACAAACCCUCGUCCAUUCUGAACCCCAAAAUUUAUUUCAAAAAAUUAAUCCAAGUUGUAUGGUCCAGCACAAGCCCCUUACGUUUUAGAUGAAGCCCCCCUACGUUUUAGGUCAAGCCCCCCUGCGUUUUAGGUCAAGCCCUCUACGUUUUAGGUCAAACCCCCAACGUAGUAGUAGGGCAAAACAGUGGUGUGUGAAACUACCUUUCGUGGGGGGCUGAACUACCGAAGCCCCGAAAAUUAGAUAAUUCUAUAAUUGGUGACGAGACGUUGCUUUUAUAUGAGUUGGUUUAUGCUAAUUUGCUUGGGAAUUGUGGAGGCCUUUGAGGCUCCACAACACACAAACUUAGAUCAAGCCUUUCCAAGACAUAUGCUCUGUUUCUCUAAUCUUGAGCUCUCAGGUGGGAGAUCUUUUUGGCGGAGUGGUGGACCGGGGAGUAGCUGACAAAAAAAUUCUGGAGGUGGAGAGGUCGGCCUUACCAUAACUCUUUUCUAAUAACUAGGCAAAACGCGAGCUAAACUUUAGCCUUUGUCUUCUGGCAGCAGCCGAAAUAUUCAGCCUUUUGCCAAUUUUUCAUAAAAAUUCGAACGUCACAUUACCCCUGUUAACAUCAUUCCAUUCAUACACAAAGAUUGCAGACUGUCGCGACGAUCCCUAUUCCAACUGCGAUGCCGACCACAUCAUGCCCAUGUGUAAUAAGGCCGUCUACAAUAAUAUAAUGCGAAGAAAAUGCCGGAAAACUUGUGGAUUCUGCGAGGGAGACGACACUCCCAACCCCAAUCCCGUUCCAUCCACGGAAAGUUGCGCCGACGACAAGACCACCGACUGUCAGAAGCCGAGCGUCCGUAUUCUGUGCAACGAUCGAGCGUAUCGUCGGUUGAUGGCGAAGAAGUGCGCCAGAACUUGUGGAGACUGCACUACAACUACGGCUACCUCUCCGACGACGCAGACUACAGGGACAACCGACUUUUUGCGGAUCAUUACAACAAUUUCAACGCCAAGCUCAGGGUCGUCAGGAACAACUGCGACUGCUGCGUCGACCCCGACGACCAGCGACGAAUGCCCUCCGGAUGAUCCGUAG